GCCUCCGGGUGUCGCUGUUGGCCGCCGCCGAGCGGCGCUGGAGCCGCCGCCGCCGCAGCGUCCUGCCCCCGCAGGCUGCUCGCUCGCCCGGCGCCGGCCAGAGCGGCAGCGGCAGCGCCAGCAGCAGCGGCGAGAGGCGGCGAGAGGCGGCGAGAGGCGGCGCUUGGCGGGGAGCAGCGGCGUCCGAGGCGGCCCGAGCGGGCUGGCUGCGCUGCCUGUGAGCGGUGCGUGCGGUGUGUGGCGAGAGCGGCUGCGAGGGAGGCAGGGCAGCGGCAGGAGGCAGGAGCUUGGCGAGCUGUGGCGGCAGAGAAUGGCGGUGAGGCGGCGGCAGAGGCUCGGGCCGGGCGGCGGGCGAGCGCUGCUGGGCGCGGUGCUGCUGUGCGUGUGGUGGCGGGCGGCGGCCGAGCGGGUCCGCUACGCCAUCCCCGAGGAGCUGGGCAGAGGCUCGCUCGUGGGGCCGCUGGCGCGGGACCUGGGGCUCAGCGCGGACGAGCUGCCGGCGCGCAAGCUGCAGGUGGCGUCUGCCGGCAAGAAGCAGCUGAAAUACUUCAGUGUGAAUGAGGAGAACGGGAACCUGUACGUGAACGAGCGGCUGGACCGGGAGGAGAUGUGCGGCGAUUCGGUGACCUGCUCCAUCAGUUUCGAGGUGCUGGUGCACAACCCGCUGAACAUUUUCCACGUCGAUGUGGCGAUCGAAGAUGUGAACGACAACUCCCCGGCCUUCAGCAAGGCUAUUUUGGAGCUCGAGAUUAGUGAAUCGACGCUUCCUGGUGCUCGUUUUCCGCUGGAGACUGCACGAGACGCUGAUUCAGGACGGAACUCUUUUCUGACUUACCAGCUAGACAGUAACCCGUCCUUCUCACUCUCCAUGAAGGAAAAGACGGGAGGGAAAAAGCAGCCGGAAUUAGUGCUGCAGGCAGCUUUGGACCGAGAGAAGCAGAGCUUGUUCGAGUUGGUACUGACAGCGGUGGACGACGGGGACCCCGCGAGGUCCGGGGCUGUCCAGAUUCGCAUAAACGUGACAGACGCAAACGACAAUCCGCCUCUGUUCAGUAAAAGUAUCUACGAGGCGAGAGUGGCAGAGAAUCUGCCGCCGGGAUCACUGGUGCUGCGGGUGGUGGCCACGGAUGCGGACGCGGGCACCAACGGGCGAGUCUCCUACUCCUUCGGCAGCGUCCUGGACACAGUCAGAGCGUUGUUCGCUGUCGACAGAGAGGGCGGCGAGAUCAGGACGGUCGGUCCCCUCGAUUUCGAGGAGAAGAGUAAAUACGUCUUCGACCUGGAGGCAACAGACGGCGGCGGCCUAACCAGUCACUGCGAAGUGCAGGUUGACAUCACGGACGAGAACGACAACGCACCCGAGAUUACGAUUCUGUCGCUUUCGAGUCCCGUGCCCGAAGACGCACCGGUGGGCACCGUGGUGGCCCUGUUGAACGUGGAAGACCCGGAUUCGGGCGAGAACGGUCAGGUGUCGUGCGAGCUGUCGGGCGAGGCGCCGCUGUCGAUCGUGGCGUCGCCGGGCGGCUCGUACAAGGUGGUGACGGCGAGCGCGCUGGACCGCGAGCAGGCGUCCGAGCAGCGCGUGACGGUGGUGGCCCGGGACCGGGGCAGGCCGGCGCUGUGGAGCAGCACGGAGCUGGUGCUGGAGGUGUCGGACGUGAACGACAACGCGCCGGUGUUCGAGGAGGCGGCGUACAGCGCGUACGUGGCGGAGAACAACGCGGCGGGCGCGCUGGUGCUGCGCGUGCAGGCGCGGGACGCGGACGCGGGCGCCAACGGGCGCGUGAGCUACUGGCUGGCGGGCGGCAGCGCGGGCGCGGCGGGCGCGGCGCCGCUCGUGUCGGUGGAGGCGCGGAGCGGCGCGCUGUACGCGCAGCGCUCCUUGGACUACGAGCAGUGCCGCGAGUUGUGGGUGGCGGUGCGGGCGCAGGACGGCGGCGCGCCGGCGCGCAGCUCCACGGCCACGGUGCGCGUGUUCGUGCUGGACCGCAACGACAACGCGCCGCGGGUGCUGUGGCCGGCGGCGGCGGCGGCGGCGGCGGGAGAGGCUCCGGCAGCGGCGCCGUUCGAGGUGGUGCCGCGCUCGGCCGAGGCCGGCUACCUGGUGGCCAAGGUGGUGGCGGUGGACGCGGACGCGGGGCGCAACGCGUGGCUGUCGUACGAGCUGGUGCAGGCGUCGGAGCCGGCGCUGUUCCGCGUGGGGCUGCACAGCGGCGAGGUGCGCACGGCGCGCGCCGUGUCCGAGCGGGACGCGGCCAAGCAGCGAGUGGUGGCCGUGGUGAAGGACCACGGGCAGCCGGCGCUGUCGGCCACGGCCACGCUGCACGUGGUGCUGGCCGAGAGCUUGCAGGAGGCGCUGCCGGAGCUGAGCGAGCGGCCGGCGGGCGCCGAGGCGGCGGCGGCGGCGGCGGCCGAGCUGCAGUUCUACCUGGUGCUGGCGCUGGCGCUGCUGUCGGCGCUCUUGGUGCUGAGCGUGGCGCUGGCCGUGGUGGCGCGGCUGCGCCGGGCCGGGCCGCCCGCCGUGCUGCGCUGCCUGGGCGCGCAGCGCUUCUCGCUGGCCGGCGCCGCCUUCCCGGCCGACUUCUGCGAGGGCACCUUGCCCUACUCCUACAACCUGUGCGUGGCGGCGCCGGCCCGCGCUGUGCCCGAGGCCGCUUGGCCGCCGCCGCCGCCGGUGCCCGUGCUGUCGGCGGAGGAGCUUCUGGGCGGCGAUUCGUGCGAGAAGCCGAUCCCGAACAGCAGCGCCGUCACGGGAGUUCCGCCCGCCGACCAGGAUGCACCGCAGCUGUCAGACGGGGCGGACAGCGCUCGGCAGCGCUCGGUGCUGCAGUGCCGGGAGGAGGCUGCGGGCGCCGCUGUUGACCGAGAGGAGCGAGAGGAAGCUCGGAGCGCUGCAGCCCCGCCCGCUGCGGACAGACUCGAUCUGCUGUUCCCCGUCAGGCUUGGCCGCGGGUGGUUCGGAGGGCGUGACAGCCGCCCGUGCAGCGGUGCAGCGAUGGAGAUGUGCUCGGCGGGGAGGCGCUGGGGCCGGCGGCAGCGAGCUCUGCUCUGGGUGACGCUGCUGGCGGCGUGGGAGGCGGCGUGGGGGCAGCUGCGCUACUCGGUGCCCGAAGAGAUGCCCAAGGGCUCGUUCGUGGGCGACGUGGCCAAGGACCUGGGGCUGCAGCUGCCGGCGCUAAUGGAGCGCGGCGUCCACAUUACAGAAAGAGGUAGGAUUCAGUAUUUCGCUCUGCACGGGAAGACGGGACAAUUAGUGACGGCGGAAAGGAUCGACAGAGAGCAGCUUUGCCGGCUGGUGGAGAAAUGCGUGCUGCGGUGUGAGCUGAUAGUGGAGGGUGAGAUGGAGGUUUACGGAAUCGAAGUGGAAAUCACGGACAUUAACGACAACGCGCCGAGUUUCAGAGAGGCAGAAACAGAGGUGAGAAUGAGCGAGAUGACAGUCCUGGGGGUGCAAUUUCCACUUCCCGGGGCUCAUGACCCCGACACCGGACUGAAUUCCCUGCAGAGCUACGAGCUGAGCGGUGACGAGCACUUCUCGCUGGCCGUGCAGUCGGGCCCCGGCGGCGAUCAGCGUCCCGAGCUGGUGCUGGCGAAGGCGCUGGACCGGGAGGAGGCGGCGUUUCACGAGCUGGUGCUGAGGGCGAUGGACGGCGGCGAUCCGGCACGGACGGGCACGGCUCGGAUCCGAGUGAGGGUGCUGGAUGCGAACGACAACGCGCCGGUGUUCAGCCAGGCGGAGUACACGGUGCGUGUGCCCGAGGACGUGCCCGUGGGCUCCACCCUCGUUACCGUCACGGCCACGGACUUUGACGAGGGCUUGUACGGGCUCGUGAAAUACUCUAUAAAGAAAGUGACAGACAUGGCAUCGGAUAUUUUCCAUCUGGAUACUGAAACUGGAGCGAUCAAGCUGUGUAAGAUUCUGGACUUCGAGGAAGGCGAUUUGUACGAAUUGGAGGUGCAGGCUCAUGAUGGGGGAGGCCUUUCUGACACGACGAAAGUCGCGAUCUCUGUGACAGAUGUGAACGACAAUGCGCCCGAACUGAAAGUAUCAUCAAAGCUGAAGGAGAUCUCGGAAGACGCCCCAUCGGGGACUGUGGUGGCCCUGCUGCACGUGCAGGACCGGGACUCGGGAGCUAACGGCAAGGUGCUCUGCUCGCUCGAGGGGGAUGUCCCAUUCAGGCUGGAGAACUCCUAUAAAGAUUACUACCGUGUGGUGACAGCGAGAGAGCUGGACCGAGAGCAGGUGUCGGAGUACAACGUGACGGUGCGGGCGGCUGACGGCGGGUCGCCGGCAUUGCAGAGCAGCGCGGUGCUGGCGCUGCGGGUGCUGGACGUGAACGACAACGCGCCGGUGUUCGCGGAGGAGCGCUACAGCGCGCGGCUGGCGGAGAACAACGCGGCGGGCGCGCUGGUGCUGACGGUGCGCGCGACGGACGCGGACUGGGGGCAGAACGCGCGCGUGCGCUACCGGCUGUCGGAGGGGCGGGUGCGGGGCGCGCCGCUGUCGUCGUACGUGUCGGUGCAGGCGGAGACGGGCGCGCUGUACGCGCUGCGCUCCUUGGACUACGAGCAGGUGCGCGAGCUGCGGCUGUGGGUGCGUGCGGAGGACGGCGGCGCGCCGGCGCUGAGCAGCAACGUGUCGGUGGUGCUGCAGAUCGUGGACGAGAACGACAACGCGCCGCAGGUGCUGUACCCGCCGGCGGGCGCGCUGCGGGCGGGCUCGGGCUCGGGCGGUGCGUGGUCGGGCGUGGAGCUGGCGCCGCGCUGGUCGGAGGCGGGCGCGCUGGUGGCCAAGGUGGUGGCGGUGGACGCGGACGCGGGCCAGAACGCGUGGCUGUCGUACGAGCUGGCCAAGGCGACGGAGCCGGGGCUGUUCCGCGUGGGGCUGCACAGCGGCGAGGUGCGCACGGCGCGCUCGCCGCUGGCCCGCGACGCGGCGCGCCAGAGCCUGGUGGUGGUGGUGAAGGACCACGGGCGGCCGGCGCUGUCGGCCACGGCCACGCUGAGCGUGGUGCUGGCCGAGAGCGUGGCCGAGCUGCUGGCCGAGCUGGGCAGCGCGGCCGACGAGGCGGCGGCAGAGCCGGGCGAGCCGGCCGUGAGCCUGACGCGCUGGCUCGUGCUGGCCGUGGCCGCCGUGUCCUGCCUCUUCGUCGCCUUCCUGCUGCUGCUGCUGGCGCUGCGCCUGCGCCGCUGGCGCCGCCAGCAGCUGCUGCCGCCCGCCAGCGGCGCCUUGCGCGGCGUGCCCGUCUCGCACUUCGUGGGCAUCGACGGCGUGCGCGCCUUCCUGCAGUCCUACUCGCACGACGUGUCGCUCACGGCCGACUCGCGCAAGAGCCAGCUGCGCUUCUCGGCCGGCGGCAGCUGCUGCGACACCCUCCCGGCCCGGCCGCUGCCCGACGAGCCCGCGCCGCUGCUCGGCGACGAGGACCCUGCCGGCGCCCUCCCCUCGGAUACCCUCGUGCCAUCGCAAGCUCAGCCUAACACAGAUUGGCGCUUCUCUCAGACCCAGAGACCUGGAACAAGUGGCUCCCAGAAUGGAGAGGAAGCUGGAGCCUGGCCCAACAACCAGUUUGACACGGAGAUGCUCCAAGCCAUGAUCCUGGCUUCAGCCAAUGAAGCAGCCGAUGGUAACUCGACCCUGGGUGGCGGCAAUGGCACGAUGGGGCUGAGCGCCCGCUACGGCCCCCAGUUCACCCUGCAGCACGUCCCCGACUACCGGCAGAACGUCUACAUCCCGGGCAGCAACGCCACCCUCACCAACGCCGCCGGCAAGCGCGACGCCAAGAACGCCGCCCCCGCCGGAGGCAACAAGAAGAAAUCCGGGAAGAAGGAGAAGAAGUAGUGAAGAAGAAAAAGGAGACCUUAGAGCUACAGGGCAGCCGGCUCCAGCACUCCCCCCCAAAACCACAGCCCAGGCCGGAGGACGAAUGUGAAUUUUUUUUGUGGUGCAAAAGCAGGAAAUGCUGCGAAUGUAUCUCGUCAUCAUCAGAGCUGAGAGCAGGGGCUCGCUGCUCUCAGGUCUCGUGAUGGAAACCAAUCCGGAAUCUAAAGCGAACGCAAACAAGUGCCCUGUGAAUAAUGUUUUAUACAAUCCCUCGGGUAUUAGCAUAUGCAAGGGCGGAAGGUCUUUUGCCGUGUCUUUGGAUCCGAUUUGCUCCCAGCUAGUCCGAGGAAAGGCACAAGGCUUGUGCUCGGCUUUGCCCACUGUAAAUAACUUUAAUGUGGAUCUUUUAAUUUAUAGCCCUUCAGCUAUUUUUUGGAAAGGAAAAGGAAGUUCUUAGCUUAUAGCCCACGCUCCAGUUCUUUGCUCUUAAAUUUUCCAUUCGUAAAAUUCACCCCCAGUCAAUGAUAGCGAUGGAUUUUGGAAUUUGGAAGUGGGUAGGGAGUGCUUCAGUUCCUGCUUACCUGUCAUCUGGAAAAAAAAAUUGUUUAUAUUGCAUGAGUCAAAGGGAAUAUGGCAAAGCUGCAUCCUAAACAUUUUUUUUUGUUGUUUAUUUGUUUUUUUAAAGUGUAACCACUAAUGGCCUGAAAUAAGAUAAGGAAAAAGCCCUCCUGCUGUGUGAGAGGCAGGGAAUUCCACGAGGAGCACGCCGAGGUGUGCGGCAGCUGCCCCGGCGGUUCUAGGGGUCUCCGAAGAGCAGACACAUCUCAAACCUUCUUUUGCAGUAAAUAUUUAUAUGUACAGUCGAUGUUCUUAUGGAAUUAAGGCUAAAAGAGCCUCGCUCCCCCCAGCGGCCAGGCCUGGCCGGGUCCCCCUCGCCCAGGGGGACACGGGGACGGCUCUCCACUGUCUGCACACGGUGUCUGCAUGCACGUCCCUCACCUCACACCUGCACUAGCGCAGUAGCUCCACGGACCCGCACAAACCCUCGCAUGCCCACGGCCAACGCGCCGGCAGCGCCCGAGCUUGGUGCCGGGGCUGCCCUGGGGAAGGGGUGGGAGGGGGUGGGACGGCUCAGGCGGGCUGGGGGAAACUCAUUAUUGCUUCUAGUUUGGGCCCCAAAGGCUGUUUGGGGUGGUGGGGCGGCUCUACAAGGCGGCUCUCGGGGUGGGAUGCGCGGGGCUGCCGGUGGGUGCAUGGCUUUGGGGUGGAGGUGGUGAGUGAGUAAGUGAUGGCUGUUUCGGUGGCGUUUGGGGACCAGAUCCGGUCAAGGGAGCCAAGAGCGGGGGGUGGCGCUGCAAAAUGGGGGCAGUAAUUGGGGGAGUGUCGCAUGAGACCCUGCGGGGCCAGCCCGGAGGAGGGGAUGAUCCCGCUGGCUUUGGGCUUUGCACCCUGCGAGGAGAAUUGGAGCGUGAGGAUUAGAGUUUCUCCAUGUGCCCAUCACCAAAGCACCAGGCCAGCUUCCCAUAGCAAAGCAGCUCUGAGCCCCCGGGGAGGCAGAUGGGGGCUUUGUGUAGCCGGAGCCAGGAGAGGAGCUCUGGGGUGCCCAGGAAGGGGCCACACCGAGUUUCCCAGGGGGGUGUGUGUUGUUUUUUUUUUUCCUUUUCUAAUCACUAACACGUAACUCACCCGAGCAGAUCCAGCCCUUUCAGCCAGGCUCUCCCCACCCCUGCCCCCUCCCCAACCCCAGGGCAGCAGGAGCAUCCUCCGUGCUCCAUCCGGAUCCUGCCACCUCCGGCGCUGGCUGCACUGGGAGCGGGUCCCACCCUGUCCCCUGCAGCUGCCACCUGCCCCUCCUCUAGAAAUGCUGUAGCUGAAUCGUAGUCUUUAUAUUUUUCUUUUUAAUCUGCAAUCUGAGGUAGCGUAGUGAGUGUCGUGUAUUUAGUGGCGUGUUAUUUUUAAUCGCGGUAACUAACUUGUGGACAUCAGUAUUUUCAAUUUUCGCUGUAUCUUCUUUCCAUGUGGUCUGUGCUCCGAGUGUACGUGAAAUGAAACACGUUUGCCCUUUCAAUGUGUCUAAUAUUGAAUUAUACUUAUAUAUUAUAUAUAUGCUUAUAUCCUUCUUAUACCCAUAUAGACCAACGUCGAUGUGUUACACGCAAGUUUUAUACUCUAAUAUUUAUAUUGCUUUUUUUCUUUGGGAAAAAAAAAUAAUAAAAUGGUUUCUUCUGAA